AUGGGUCAUUCUCAAUCCAAAUCCUCGGCUCAUAAGUCGACUUCUCCAUUUUCCCCUUCUACAUCUCACGAUUCCUGCGCCACCUUUACGUAUACGCCUCUGAAACACCCGCGUCAUUUCAGACUCCUACAUUUGACGGCCCCUUGGCUUGAAAAACCAGCAGAUUGGAAGGACGUGGUGCUACGCGGUACCCUCGUGGAAACCUCUCUUGACGAUGUGCCGGAGUACUUUGCUCUAUCCUAUACUUGGGGAGACCCUACACUUAGUGAUGUCAUUCUGAUUGACGAACGGGCGCUGAAGAUAACGCGAUCAUGCGCAGCUGCACUACGUCGAAUGCUUAAAGGCAAGUCUGGAAGGACGAUAUGGGUAGACUCUAUCUGCAUAAACCAAGCAAAACAUGACACGCAGGCGAUCGAAGAAAGAGGUGCACAGGUUGCUUUGAUGGAUGUGAUUUACAACAAAGCGAUGCAGGUGAAUGUCCAUCUGGGCGAGGGAGACGAGAGAACUGAGGUAGCGAUCAAAGCGGUGAAUCGUUUAUUGGCUGCUUCUGUAGCUGCAUUGGGGGCGAAGAGACUUGGAAUAGGGGAAGAGACAAUGAGGAAUAAGUACGAGAAGGUUGCUGAAGAAGUCCUUCUAAUUACUCCAGACUUCCCAUACGGCAAACUCCACCCAUUAUUUCGUUUACCCUGGUUCAAAAGAGUCUGGGUCUUCCAAGAGGUCGUGUUAGCACGGAAAGUGGUAUUCUAUUGUGGCGAGCAUUUGCUCAAUUUUGAGAACCUGGUCCUGGCAGCGGAUUUCACACGUAUUCCAUAUUCGAAACUGGACGCACACGCACUUCACUGGAAAUCGUAUCUUGACGGUCAUGAUGCGACCGCCCGUUGUGUUCGGCUAAAGGCACAGGAAAAAGAAACGAAUCUUGACCACAUGGCCCUUUUCUACGUAAUAACGAACUUGGAUGCUACACAGCCAGUGGAUAAGAUCUAUGGGAUGUAUGGGUGUGCUAAAAGAUUGGAGUUGGAAUGGCCACUCCCAGACUACACGAAAUCCGUUGCUCAGGCUUAUACAGAGGCUACAGUCGCUUGUAUGUCGCAGUCUAAAAACCUCACAGUCAUGACUCUGGCCAUAGGUCCAGCGAUGGGCGAAUCGGGACUGCCAUCUUGGGUGCCGGACUUCUCAGCGCGUAUGACAGAAUGUAGUCCGUCAAAGCCGCCAAGAAUAUGCAUGCCAAUUCUCCAGAACAAGCAGUAUUCGGGGGCGACUCAAAACAAGUGGAUUUUCAUGCCAGAAGCAAGACAACUAAAAGUGUGUGGAAAGAGAUGCGACUACGUGGCGGCUGUUAGCAAACCUUGGCAGGUCGAUUCAGCCACCACACUACUAGGAGGCGCAGAAUCCAAUUCAGGUCAGGUUUAUGAUUGUCUCCUGAACUGUAUUGACUCGUGGUUCGAAGUCGCCUUGCACCGGAACAGGACCCACAACAGCAGUGCGAGUGUUGCGGACGAACUCGUAGCUGUCUCAGACCUUGCCCGUCUUCUCACAACCGGACGCGCUAAGACGACUGAACCUCCUGAUCGAUUCGCCGAAUAUCUCUCUGUCCUCAUCGGUUGCGCCAGGGAGUACGAUACAGCCUUCCGCGCAUCUUUAAUUCAUCCUGACGACGACUUGUCAGAGUAUCUGCGUAACGGCGAAAUGAAGCUUAGUCAACCAAUGCAAAGAGCUUUUGAAUACAUGCUGCCAUUCAUAUGGAAGAUGGCUUUUCGAACAGCAGAUAACUCAUGCUUAGGCAUGAGUAAUCAUAAUGCUAGGCCUGGGGAUCUGUUAGUUCUACUUCACGGCAUGGCAACACCAUGUCUUAUAAGGCCUUGCAAAGGAGGUUUCAACUUCAUUGGUGCAGCUUUUGUGGAUGGGAUUAUGAACGGCCAGUUUUGGGAAGGAGAAUCGGACGAGGACAAUGAGUGGUUCAUCUUGAUAUAG